AUGAAGAAUCUUACCAAGUUAAGAGCGAAAAGAACAAAUGUGAAAGGACAACUCACGCAGUUUGUUAAAAGUAAAAGCAGUGUAGGAAAAAACCCGCCGCCGUCCCAGGAAGAAAUGCAGGCGUUAGACGCAGAGAUAACGCGAGAGAGGCAGUCAGUUGAGGAUACUUAUUUUGAAUACUUAGCAAUAGCGAAGCAGUUGGUAGAAGCGGAACAAAUAAAUGUUGUAGUUCAUCAACAGGAACAGCAGGUAAACAAUCUCACUGUAAAAUUACCUACGCUUCAACUUCCAAAAUUCAAUGGCAGUUACGACCACUCCUUAACAGGAGAGGCUUUGCAGGUAAUACAUACCUUAGAGACAACAGCAGAGAAUUACGAAAUAGCAUGGCGACUGAUCAAAGAAAGAUAUGAAAACAAAAAGUUAAUUAUUAAUACACAUAUAAAAGAGCUUUUCGAAUUGCAGGCUGUAAGCAAGAGUAGUCAUGCAGCGUUGAGAACUUUCAUAGAUUCUAUCCGAACUCAUGUCAGGGCAUUAGAAGCACUGAAGCAGCCUAUAGCACAUUGGGAUACCAUUUUCAUUUAUUUGCUGAGUGACAAGCUGGAUUACACAAUAAGAAAGAAUUGGGAAUUAGAAAUAGGCAAGAGAGAUGCAGACAACAUGCCAUCUCUAGAGGCGUUGUUAGAAUUUUUAACAACUAGAGCUCACACAUUGGAAUUAAUAGAAGGAUCAAAGAACAAGCAAGAGCAUGCGAAGUAUACAGCGCUCAAAAAGGCAGGCAAAAAGGUAAACGUGGCAGCUACACCACAAUCAUGCGUAUUUUGCGAAGGUCAACAUCAUGUAUCAAAAUGUGAGAAGUUUCAGAAGUUAUCAGUUUCAGAAAAGAGGGAAGAAGUAAAAAAGCGACAGUUAUGUUUUAAUUGUUUGCGUAAAGGAGAGCAGAUAGAAAACAAGACCACAACAGUGAUGAACAGCAGAGACGAAUCCAGCACAGCAGGUUUUUCAAAGGAAUUAAGAGCUAAUCCAGAGGCAUCGGGUAAAGAAGCAGCAGUGAUAGUACAUACAACGCGACUUACAGAAUCUAUAGUUUUCAUAGCUAAAAUAUAUGUUAUGAAUUAUGAAGAAAAUUGGAGAGUCUGUCGAGCCAUACUGGAUUCAGGUUCACAAAGUAAUAUCAUCACCAAGGACUUAGCAAGAAAAUUGAAGUUAAAGGGAAACAGAGUUGAUGUGCCAAUUAGCGGUAUAAGUCAAACGCAAAUUACAGCGAAAGAAUCAACUAGCAUACGAAUCAAGUCGAUGCAUAGUGAGUUUUCGGCAGAAUUAGAUUCUUUAAUAAUGCCAACCAUAACGGAAAAGUUACCACACAUCAAGGCUACAAGAGAGCUAGGUUGGAUAGUAGGAGGUGAACUAAUAAAUCCAAGAGUAUUGAACAACAAACGAGUUUGUAAUAUAGCAGCUAUAAAUCUAAACGAGCAGUUACAAAGGUUCUGGAACAUUGAGGAAUCCCCGAUUCAGUUACGAGAGAAUUCGUAUACACCACAGGAGCAAUUAGCAGAAGAUCUAUUCUUGCAUACCGUGCGAAGAGAUCAAGAUGGCAGAUACAUCGUGCGUAUGCCAAGAGACGAAUCCAUCAAGCUAGACGAUUCGGAGAACAUAGCAAUCAAAAGAUUCUUAGCGAUAGAAAGAAAACUAAAUCAGCAAUCGAAAUUGAAAGCAGACUAUCAUAAAUUUGUAAAGGAGUAUGAAGAAUUAGGACAUAUGUCCAUAGUCCAACAACCGUGUUCCAUGCCGGAAAAGGAGUACUAUUAUCUCCCACAUCAACCAGUGAUCAAGACAACAAGCAUAACGACAAAACUACGUGUAGUUUUCGAUGGAUCUUCGAAGUCAUCAACAGGUACAUCUUUAAAUCAGAAAUUGUUAAGCGGAGCCAACCUUCAGAGAGAUUUAUGGGAAAUUAUGAUUAGAUUCAGAGCGCAUCAGUAUGUGAUGACGGCAGAUAUUAAAAUGAUGUUCAGACAAAUCUGGAUAGCCGAAGAAGAUAGAGAUCUUCAGAGGAUUAUUUGGAGAUACGACUCCACGGAACCGAUUCAGGUAUACUCAUUGAAUACCGUGACAUAUGGAACUACAUGUGCACCAUUUUUAGCCAUGCGUUGUUUAAGACAUCUAGCAACGCAAUCGGAAGCAAUGACACGAAAGACAGCAGCAGCAUUACUUCAAGACUUUCAUAUGGACGACGUGUUAACAGAUAGCCACACAUUAAAACAAGCAAUCAAAUUAAGGAGUGAGUUAUCAGAACUACUUGAAGCAGCAGGAUUUCCUCUCAGGAAAUGGAGAGCAAGUGAUACAAGAAUAUUACAAGGUCUCUCUCAAGAGAUCGAAGAAGAUUCCCUAUUGGUUUUAGAUGAUGCAGUUCCUUCGAAGACGCUAGGUUUGCUAUGGGACUCAUCCAAAGAUCAGCUACAAUAUUCAAUAAGUCUGACGGACAGCAAUCAAAAUACGAAACGCAGUAUUCUGUCGCAAAUUGCGAGGAUAUACGACCCAUUAGGGUUAAUAGGGCCUGUGCUGAUCGUAGCCAAAAUAAUUAUGCAAAAUUUAUGGAAACUAGAUGUAGGCUGGGAUGAUCCGGUUUCACCAGCUUUUUACGAAAUAUGGUUUAAUUAUUAUACUUCACUUGAAGCGCUUAACCAGAUCCGGAUAUCCAGAAACUUCAACCCACAAAAUAGCAAGCAAUCAUUCACGCUCCAUGGGUUUGGAGACGCCUCGGAAAAGGCGUAUGACGCUAGUAUCUACUGCGUCUAUGAAUCGAAGCAAGGGGAACGCAAAUCAUACCUCGUGUGUUCCAAAGCAAAGGUAGCACCUCUAAAAACGAUCUCGCUAUCUAAACUAGAACUAUGUGCAGCACUUAUACUAGCUCGAUUGCUAGCAGCCGUAAUAAAAGCUAUGAAGCAUCCAAUAAAAGAUGUCCAUCUGUGGAGUGACUCCACUAUAGUACUCUGUUGGUUAGAUACACUUCCUCACAAAUUAAAGUCAUAUUACGCAAAUCGAGUCAUAGAAAUACAUGAGCUUGUACCAGAAGCCAAGUGGCAUCAUGUGCCUUCAACCCAGAACCCUGCCGACAUACUGUCAAGGGGAAGUACAGUCAAUCAGCUGAAAUCAAGUAGUUUGUGGUGGAAUGGCCCUACAUGGCUCACACACGAGGAUCAAUGGCCUAAGACAACCGCAAAUGUACCAAUGGCUAAUUUAGAACUACGGGAAGAAAAUGUAUUUGUAGCAACAGAGCCUCGACAGGAUAUUCUUCAGAGAUAUUCUUCCUUCAACAAGCUCAAGAGAAUUAUAGCAUAUUGUCUACGAUUCAGGGAUAUUCUAUCAAGUCAACGCCAUUUUAACGCUUUAAACCCCGAGGAACUUAAAAGAGCAGAACUAAUUAUCAGCCGCAUGGUGCAAGCGGAACGGUUUCCGCGAGAAUCAUGUUCAUUACAGCAAGGAAAAGAAGUACCUGCUAAUAGUCAAUUAGCUGCACUCAACCCCUUUUUGGAUGAAGAAGGAGUUAUCAGAGUAGGGGGCAGAUUAAAACACGCAGACAUUCCAUACAAUCAGAGACAUCCGAUUGUUCUGCCAGCAAGACAUCACAUCACGGAAAUCUUAUUAAGACAAGAGCAUAUCAAAUUACACCACUGUGGGUCUCAGCAGCUGUUAGCAGACAUCAGGACGCGAUAUUGGCCUCUUUCAGGAAGACGAGAAGCUAGAAAGAUUGUAAGACGAUGUAUAUCGUGCUUUAGAUAG